GUAUCGAUAAGUUAAUAUAUUGUAUGGUUUUCUAUCGCACUCCAUGUCAACUCAUAACCUAUCGACUUCAGUGGCCAUCACCAACAACAGAUAAAGUGGCAACACCGCCGUGUAUAUACAUUUUGAGAGAAAAUUUUGUUCAGGACUGCUCAUCACCGUCGUACCAAUUAGCUUACAAGCAUUUUAAGGACCCUGGACAUUAAAUAGCUAAAUCUAACCGGAAAAGGCUGAGUGGGCAACACUUUAGCCUGCGCCGCCGCCAACGUCGUCACACAAAAUGAAUAAACCAAGAGGCACAGCAGUUUUUUGUUAAUUUUCUGAAAUUUCAAUUUGUCUCGUCGUUAUCAUCAUCCGCAUCGUAAUUUUUAGCAGGACUCUCUUAUUACCACCCAUCGCCCGCCCGCCCAGCUAGCUUUGUGGGAAACAUUGUAUUAAAGUUCGUUUACUGGAACAUUUUCUCUAGCACCCAGGAGCUUCGUCUUUUUACUACUCUUCACUUCUCCAACGAGACGAACACACAACUACUUAGUUAUGUCAUCGACCGCCGGCAAACGUAAGGAAAUAUACAAAUACCUGGCGCCAUGGCCAUUGUACUCCAUGAACUGGAGUGUGCGCCCAGACAAACGUUUUCGUCUUGCCCUGGGCAGCUUCAUCGAGGAGUACAACAACAAAGUGCAAAUCAUUAGCCUGGACGAGGAUACCAGCGAAUUUAGUGCUAAAAGCACCUUUGACCAUCCAUAUCCUACAACAAAAAUCAUGUGGAUACCAGACUCGAAAGGCAUCUAUCCCGAUUUGUUGGCCACAAGCGGUGAUUAUUUGCGCGUUUGGCGCGCUGGUGAACCGGAUACCCAUCUGGAGUGCGUGCUAAAUAAUAACAAAAACAGUGAUUUUUGCGCGCCGCUAACAUCGUUUGACUGGAACGAGGUGGAUCCCAAUUUAGUUGGCACAUCAUCCAUAGACACCACCUGCACAAUAUGGGGCCUAGAGACAGGGCAGCCGCACGCGCGCGUUUAUGUGGCUGGGCAUGUUAAGACACAGCUGAUAGCACAUGACAAGGAGGUCUAUGACAUUGCAUUUUCACGUGCCGGCGGGGGCCGGGAUAUGUUUGCCUCAGUUGGCGCUGAUGGCUCCGUGCGCAUGUUUGAUUUGCGUCAUCUGGAGCAUUCGACCAUUAUCUAUGAGGAUCCUGCGCAUACUGCGCUGUUGCGCUUGGCCUGGAAUAAACAGGAUCCAAAUUACUUAGCCACUGUUGCCAUGGAUUCAUGUGAAGUUAUUAUUUUAGAUGUUCGUGUUCCUUGUACACCUGUUGCAAGACUGAGCAAUCACAGAGCGUGCGUCAACGGUAUUGCGUGGGCGCCGCAUAGUUCCUGUCACAUUUGCACUGCCGGUGAUGAUCACCAAGCACUGAUCUGGGAUAUACAACAAAUGCCACGCGCAAUCGAGGAUCCAAUUUUAGCCUAUACAGCUGCUGAAGGCGAAGUCAAUCAAAUACAAUGGGGUGCCACGCAACCCGAUUGGAUAGCCAUUUGCUAUAACAAAGCGUGCGAGAUCCUGCGGGUCUAAGAGUCAAUUUUUCUUACCACCCAUGCAACUUGUCCCCCCUCCCGACCCACACUGCUCUGCCCUGUGGCUGUGAUGUGAGUAUGCUGUGGCUGCAGAACGCACAGUUGUCAACACACCCAACAACAGCAGCAGAUGCAACACCAACACACAGAUACACAUACUCAAACACACACACAUGCGGAUACAAAACGCAAUGUAGUUGUAGGUUUUGUAGGCGCAGCGGAAGAAACGCGUUUUAAUUACAUAAAAUACACAUAUAUAGUUUUGUAUUCGGACGUCGAUUUAUAUCCCACAAUCCCGCAUCCGCAUCUGCAUCCCAACAUGGUGUAAUGGUCGCCAGUGUCUGUGGGUCAACAAAGGUAAAAAUGAGACGCGUAGGCGGAGCAGCCGGGCAAUUCUAUUAGGGUCUAGUUUUUUAAUGCUCUCUGUGGCCAGGCCAGGCACAUUUAGCAUCCUUAGCUUAGUUGAACAUAAUGUUAUGAUAUAUAAGUCUCAAGGUAUAACCAAAAUAUGUAUUGCUAUUUGUAAUUUAUUUGACUCGUUUCGCACGUUAUGCUGAAGAACCGGACGCUUAGUUUUAUUUAUUGACAUGUCUGGCUUAUUAACAUUCUGUUUUUAAGAUGGCAAAAACAUAUACACAUAAAAAAAAAACAAGAUGAACAAAAGAAAAACAAUGUCCUACCUCGUUUUCCAACAUGUAAAAUGUUGUUAAUAUUUGUGUCUAACCGCAUUAAGAACAACAACAACAACAAACCAAACAAACAACUACACGCAAAUGAGAGAAAACCCAAAUGAAAAAAGUAUCCAAAAAGACGCUAAAGGCUUCUUUUUGCUUUUGUUUUUUUUUUCAUAUUUUUUUUUGGAAAUGUUUUUUAAUUUUUUGUUCAAAUGUUUCUUACACGUUUUCUAUUAGAACCAAACACCAAAACAAACAACAAAAGGACUUAAGCAAACGUAAACGCAAACGCAAAGCAAACAUAAAUAAGCGAAAAUACUUGUAUUUAGAAAACAGAAAUGAACUAAAAAAAAAACAAAAAAGGAAGAAAAAAAACAAAACAGCAACUGCACAACCACAGCUAAAUACAAUACUUACUAUUUAAAAUACAACUAAAACAAAAACCGAAAUAUUAUAUUGAGCGAGAGAGAAUACAAGAUUGUUGCUAUCCAUUUAAAAAAAACACAAAACAAAAACCAAAACAAAAUGAACAUAAAA